AUGGUACUACCUGCUAGAAAAUCCGAGCAAAUAAUACCACCAAUAAAACAAUGGGGCAAAGAUACAUUUGAAUUAUUUUUGCUCUGUGAAGGUUUAGGACUUUAUAAUGAUUUUCCAGCACAUAUCACUGAUCAUCCUGGAUACAAAAUACAUGAGCCAACAUCAUUUUUUAGACAUUCGGCAAAAGCAUUAGCGGUGUCUAUCGGGAUAUUACAAGCAGGACUGAUAAUUGGAACUGGCGAUCUCAAACUUUUUGAAGCUGCUGGGUCUAUCUGGAAAUCAAGCGAAAAGAAAUUAGAUAAAAGAGAAUUGGAACAAGUUUUAAACAAGUAUGAUAAAACUAGCACAUAUGGUGGUUUAAGUUUAGUUGUAUUGAAGGAGACUGCAGAUGUUAAAUGG